GAGAUCUCCAACAUGGAGACUUGAGCUCUUAACCACUGAGAUGUCCUCUAGGGAACAGUUGAGAUUUGUAAUUUGGUUAAAAGUUUACUUUGUUUAGGGCAGGUUUCACCAAGUUCAUCAAUCCAAUCAUCAUCAAGAUGAUCUUUUAAUUUCACCUAUUGGCUCCCCAGUUAAACAGACUUAAGGAAUUAAAUGUGGUGAAUUUAGCAGAUUCAUUGCAUCAGUCAAAAUGAUCAUGAGGUAAUAGUAGCCUAGUAGCAAGAUGGAAAAAAAUAGCCUUUGAGAGAUAGGAAGCCAAUAUAGAUCUGUGCAAUAUGUUCUGAAAAUUCUUGCAAUGCUGUCAUAAAUCUGAUUUCAACUAGCAAGGGUUGCAAAAGUGGGUUGAACAAUUCUAAGAGAAUGCUUAGUUCUAUGCUCUGAGUCAUGCUUUUCACGCGCUAUACAUGCUUGAAAUGAUAUUCUCUAUUCUUCAAAUCAUGGUUUUUAGAUCAUUACCUGACUGUUCAAUCAAAAUUUAGUUUCCCUUUUUCUUUUAGUCAUUAACUGACUAUUCUGCGGAUGACUUUCAAACCAUGUUUUUCAAUUGUAUAGCCUGCAUAUUAACUGCUGAAUGAGGGAAGCAAAUUGAAGUUUGAAGAGAAUUGACUUAAGAGUUGACUGAUGUGAUUAUUUUGAAAAAUGAAAAUUCAAAGCAGAAUGAAUGAUCUUUAAUAUUUUGCUGAUUUUUCUGUUAGCCUUGGGAUAUGGUAACUGCAUAGAGUACGCUGCAGGAGGGCGUUUCUGCUCAUAUGAUGGGGGAUCAUGCUCUGUUAAGAAGGGUAGUUCUGAUUGUGCCAUGUCUUGGACCUGGUUAACCUGGUUAUGUUAUCUGCCUGUUUAUAUAUUCUGGUCUAAUUUUCAUAGCUAGUUUCUUCUUACCAAUUUCAGGCUUCAAGCCUUCGUAACGGCAAAAACUGAAUCACUGGUAUUAUUAUUAUGUUCAGGAAAGAUGCUCUAAAAUAGUUUCAUUUUGUUUUAACUUGACUUCAUCAGUGAAAACUUGUAAAUAUUAUGAACCUGAACGUAUGAUUCUGAAAGAGGUUGUCUCCUAGUUGACUUGUUUUUUUCUUUCUUUUGUUAUUAAUUUGUAAAAUGCUUUGUUUCUGUGGGAGUGGGACCGCAACUGGAUAUUGAU